AUGUGUAAAGGAUUUGGAUCUAGCCUCACGGGACCAGCCCUUCAGUGGUUUACGAACCUACCGAACGCGUCAAUCGACUCGUUCGCGUCAUUGACGGACCGCUUUGUUGAGCAAUUCGCGAGCAGCAGGAACAUAGAAAGGACAGCCGACGAUCUCUAUGAGGUGAUACAGAAGAGAGGAGAACCGUUGCGUAAUUACGUAGACAGUGACCUGUACAAGGAGCUGACGAAGUACCAGUGCAGAACGAUGGAAGACGUGCUGUCUAGAGCAUGGGCUCAAAUAAGAGACCUCGCAAUGAAAGCACUAGCAAGCGAAGCGACUAUAAGAGUAGUCAUCGUCCAUCAGCCAAAUAGAAGACGACCGACGACCAACAUCACAUGGCCAGACAUCAGCAAUCUCUCGAUCUCUCAUGGUGAGCUGGUUGGUGCGUUGAAGCAGUUAGGCGGAGUGGUGAGAUGGCCCAAAGAUGAAAGCACCAGACGAGAAGCGCGACUCAAAGUGGUGCGAGUUCCAUAA